UGUCCGAUAUGGCUCAAGCUACAGCGUCCGCGACUAGAGGACAAAAGGAGAGCGAUCGGAGCAACGCCACGCGAUCGGGGAAGAAAGCAUGCCCCGUCUGUGGCAAGAUAUUUGGACCGAAAUACUUGCGACGACACCUGGCCAUCAUUCACGCAGUGGGAAAGUUUCUCAAGUGCCCAAACUGCGGCCUACGCUGCGACUGUCCGAGCAAGCUCAUCAAACAUGCCCGGAUAAGGCACCCUAAGUCUGCCCUGGCAAGGGGUAAGAUCAAUGUUUCGAGCAUCAGGGUUAGGCACGGGAAGGCAGCAGGCAAAUCGGAGGCGGAUGGUCCGGCGAAGUUUGUACCUCACGUUUGUCCGGUUCCCGGAUGUGGUGAGAGGUUCCGGGUGUUGAAGCGGCUGCGUGAGCAUCAGAGGCUGAAGCAUGAGAGGAGAGUGUGUGUGAAAUGCGUUGACUGUGGGUUGUCGUUUGAGAGCGCAAGAGAGAUGGAGGAGCAUCGAAAAGCCGUGCAUUGCGAUGUGAAACCUGUGAAAGGGGGUCUCGCUGGUGAUGUCGGAGCGAAGAAAUCAGUGGAUGACCUGUGCUUGUCUUUUAGCGAUUCUCUUUAUUGUGAAGUGUGUAAGACGUCGUUUGUGAGAAGACACCAUGUCGACCGCCACGUUUUAACUCGUAAGCAUAUGAAGAAUGUUACUGCCAUGCGUGAACAACAACAACAACAACAACAACAACAACAACCUAGCGACGUCGACACGGAUGAUUCGUCUGACAAAGAAUCAGUGGAGUCUGAUUUGUUGUCGUUCCGGUGUGAGUUAUGCACUACGACGUUUGUAUCGAAGAGCAAUCUGAUACGUCACAGAGGAACUAACGUACACACGAAGAGGGUGGCUGAACAAACGUCUAUCAAAUCAUCUCAUAGAAACAACACUUUGUUGACGGCGCGGAGAUUGAAAAACGAUCAAGCAGUGAGUAGCAGGAGUUAUGGAAGCAAGAAACAUGUGUGUUCAACGUGUGGUAGGGCUUUUAAGUCAAUGUCAGGAUGUGCUACUCAUGCUCUUUGGGCUCACAGAGGCGGUCUGGCAAUGAAGCAUGCUCACAAAGGCAGUCAGGAAAUGAAAGGCAGCCAUCAUAAUCAUGCAACAAGAUCUACAACUCAGAAUCCUAGUGAAUCAUCUACCAAGAAAGCCGUAUUGCGUGAGUCUUUGUCGACAGCGCAGAAACUCAAGAACGAUCAAGUGCCGCAUUCAGAGAAACGAAUCGGAUUGGAGAGAAGGGGUCACACAUGUUUGAUGUGCAGAAAGGUGUUUAAGACGUAUCAGGCAUAUCUCUCCCACGAGCAGUGGGCUCACACACUAGAGGAGACAUUUAAGUGUGAGCACUGCACGAGCAUGUUCAAAACGGCCAACCAGCUGCAACGUCACAUAGAGAAAAUACAUAAAAUUGAUACGAAAGAGGCUGUGAAGCAAUGUGACACAUUAACUCUUGUCGGCGACGAAGGCAUCGAACCUGUAAAGACACUUGAUCAGCCUGAUUUCGUCCAGUCUUGCGUUCUGUGUGAAGACAACUUCCAUGAUGCUUCUGAUCUAAAGCGGCACAUAGAGAGUGUACACAAACAAGAUAAGUUGAACUUGUGUUGUGACUGCGGGAAAGCGUUUCUAACACACAAGGAUUUAGAAAUGCAUGAAAAGACGGUGCACGGCAAGUUGAAGCCUCAUGUCUGUCCUUACUGUGACAAAUGCUUUAUGACUAAGAGUGGAAUGAUGCGGCACGUUAGAUCUUGGCAUUCCGAAAGCAAAAUGAAUGUGAUGCAACCCAAAAUGCUGUCUGGUGUUGGUGCGAAAGUAGAUGGUGAUAUGGAAUGUCAUGAGAGUCCUGAUGGUGAAUGUUCAGAAUAUCCAUCACAGGAUUUGUUUCCAUCAGUGAUCAUAACACCUCGAAGUAGCGACUAUUCAACACACGACACUGCUCCCGCUCUCUCUUCACUCAAUGGAUCGAGCAGCAAGGAUACAAGCUGCUACUGCAUGAAAUGCUUUCUGCCAUUCGAAUCGAAGCUUGCACUUCAGCAGCACAUUCGGAUGUGUCAUCCAAGGGUGAAAAAACAGAUGAAACCGAAGAGUUUCAAUAACGAAUAUCAACUGGAUGACGAAGUUCCAGAGGACACUAGUGAUGAUUAUUGUCAUGAUUGGGUGGACGAGUACAAUAUAGGAAGAGUUCAUGUUGAAGCCCCGAGUACAUUGACAUUCUCAAGCCCGAGUGAGGAUGACAGCGAAGAUCACGUGACUUCAAACAAUUUGGUGGAAAUUCUCGAAGGUAUGUCUUCGUAUACGUGCAGGCGCUCUCGUCUAGUCGAUGACAUCGCAUCGAAACUAGCCAAGAAAUUCGACUCAUAGUAACUGCGUUGGUCGCCUGUCUGUUGAUAGAGGCAAUUGAAUGUUACGUUUGUGUGUUGAGACUGAUGCUAGGAUUUUGUGUGUCUAGUCGUAUAACCACUUGUAAGUUAUUGUAAACCGAUGGUUAGGUAAUACAGUGAGAAUUG